ACGGUGCGGGCGGCGGUUGGAGCUGGACGAUGGCGGCUGGGAUAGUCUCUUCGGGCUCGGUUCUGCUCCUCCCCGUGGAGGCUGCAGGAUACGUGCAGAGUCUCGAGGAGUUCCCGCUUAAAGAGAUCGGCAGCCCCCGAUGGUUCAGACAGCAUGAAUACAUCGAGAAGCUGAAUAUGCAGGCCAUCAUCAAUGCCACUGCUGACCAGGAUGAAUUUGUCAAGGAAACCAUUUACUCUCAUGCGAAGGUGCCCACACUGAUUCAUGAACUCCUGGCCAUAGAGAUCUGGAAGCAGAAAGUGUUUCCUAUAUUGUGUCAGCUCCAGGAUUUCAAUCCAAAGAGUACUUUCCCUAUAUACAUUGUGAUUCAUCAUGAGGCAACCAUCAUUAACCUCCUAGAAACUAUUCUUUACCAUAAGGAUGUAUGUGAUUCUGCAGAUGAGGCGGUUCUGGACCUUGCUGAUUAUUGUCAUAGAAAGGUGACCCUUCUUGCUGCACGAAAUGAUGACCCUGAAAAUCAGGAACAGAACAAACCAUCGCCAGCAUCCCUAAAGGAAUUGCAGAAGCAGAAUCAAGAGCUGGAAUUUGAUAUCUCCCUGAAGGCACUCUCUAUUCUCCGCUACAUAACUGAUCACAUUGACAGCCUGCCAUUGUGUGUUCAGACACGGCUCCUGAAUACACACAAUAUCCCCUGUGUGCUGGUUCAUCUGCUGGAAUAUUGCCCCUGGAGCCGAUCUGGUCCAAAAGGUGAACUGCAGAAGUAUGCUGAUGGCAGAUGGCAUACAGUUCCCACUGAGGACAGGCUGAAAAUAACCAAACUGGAUGGGCAGGUCUGGCUUGCAUUAUACAAUCUGAUUCUGAAGCCUGACUGCCAGCAGAGGUAUGACUUCAACAACUUCAACAAGAACCAGUUGCUAAAGCUGCAAAGCUUCCUGACCGAAGUCGUCAUUGACCAAAUACCCAACUUGGUGGAGUUGCAACGUUUCCUGGGCCACCUUGCAAUGACAGACCCACCUCCAGCAAAGAGAGAUCUUAUCUUGGAACAGGUUCCUGAUAUCCGCAAUAGGAUCAUUCGAGAAAACUCUAACAAAUGGAAAGCCCUUGCGAAGUACCAAGUGAAAACAGCAUUUAACCCUUCUGAGCAGGAUUUGCGUGAACAAGCCCAGAGAUUGACAGAAACUUACAAUCUGGAUGUGAUGGAGAAUCUGAUUUCAGAUCGCCCAAAAUGUGGAUUUUGCGGAGCAGAGGCAGCCAAACGGUGUUCCCGGUGCCAAGUUGAGCGGUACUGUCGGAGGGAGUGCCAGGUGAAGCACUGGUCAAAACACAAGAAAGCCUGUGACCUACUGGCUGUUGCUGCAAAGAAACUGAAUGAGGAAUUAGAAAUCAGUUGGUGCAAACCAAACUGGUGAGCACCUGGCUACUCACCUAUUUGGCACUGAGCAGAACAAUACAGUCCCAACCUGACACACUAUAUUGAUGUGUAUUCGGCUAUCCGUUUAACAUACAAAGUGUGAUAUUUGAAUAGCCUAACUCUAUGGAACUUCUCUUUGUUCAGGAGGAUAAUAAUUAAGUAAAGACUAACUUGUAGGGAUUAUUUUUAAAAUAUAAUUUUUGGAACAACUUAAAUCUGUAAUCUCCUAUUGUCAUGCUUUAAAUGCUGUUUGUCAGUGUGAACAUAGGAGAGUAUCCAAACUCAAACUUUGAAUUUAUUGCUGUUACAAGAAAGUUUGUUGAGCCAACUGAAAAGUUGCUCUUGUGAAAAUAUUCUCUUUUGUAUUUUGUGUUUAUCUCGUGACACCGCACGUGCCUGUGAUGAACUGCUUGUACUGGUGUUUUUAUAAAGUACCAUUUGUAGCUUUUCUUGCCAUGACCUGGAUAGGGGUCAUACCAGCUCUUCUUAGCACAUUGGGAUCAGGAAAACGGAGCUCAUACUGAAAUGCACAGUAUUUCAAUUGUGCAGAAAUACUAUGGAUAUCUGAUUUGAUUCAGUUUCUUCCAACUAUCAGCAUCUUAAGUAACUGUGUGUGAGAGAUACUGAAUAUCUUUAAAUGCCUUGUGCUAGUGCCAGCUUGACUGUCACUGAGCCAGAGUGAAGAAAACAAGACAUGCUGGAUGUAUUCACUGCUACCAGCUACCACUGGCUUUUUUAAAAGACAGUUAGCAGCAACGAUGUAAUUCAUAGACAGUACGCUUGAUUUUUAAUGUAAAUAUCAUACGUUUUACUGAGAUACUCCUGUAUCUUUGUCUUUAGUCCCUCUAUAGAAACUGAAGGAGAACCAUACUUGUAACAGGGAGUGUGAAUGAGUUUUAUUUUAUUCAAUGCCUGCAAGUAAGGGCUCACCAUGAGCUGCUAUUGAAAAUUUGGACACAGACAGGAUAAUCCCUCACUGCCUAGAGUAAAUACAAGACUUGAACCAUUGCUUCAUGUGAAUAUAAAAGGUUGAAUGAUGCAUAUCGCUGUUCCAGAUAUCAGGGUUACUUUUCUUUAUUGGAGUGUCACUGGUAUUUUUGAAUGUUGUUUGUUCAAGUUUUGACUUUGUAGUAGAAAGAAAUUUACAAAUCCCGGCAGUUUCAGUUGUCGAACAGGAACGCGCUUCAGAGGAGACUUUGCAUUUGAAUUUGGUCACCUGUAGUUGCCACUGCUGAUAGUGGCUGUUAAAUCUCUGCUGUCUUACUGUCUGCUGUGUAAACUUAACAAAACUGGACUGGAUAAAAAUUAGCCUGUUUUCUA